UGGUGGUGCGUCUUCGCUGCUCCCGGUGGUGGCGGGGAGGGCGAGCGGAAACCCGCCUCCAGGAGACAGCCCCGGCCAGGGCGGGCGGGUGAGGGAUGCGCCUUAGCCUUCCCAAGCCGCAGCCAUCAUUAGCAAUUAGCUCGUCCCAGUCACCCGUGGCCAAGCACUGCCCCAUGCGCGCUGACCCGCCGCCGGUAGCUCGGUAGUCGGCCACCGACGGCAAGUUCCUCCCGCGGUGCUGGCGUGCGGGUCGCUUAAACCAUGGGGAAUGGGAUGAACAAGAUUCUGCCUGGCUUGUUCAUUGGCAACUUCAAAGAUGCCCGAGAUGUAGAGCAGUUGAGUAAGAAUAACAUCACCCACAUUCUCUCAAUCCAUGACAGUGCCCGUCCCAUGCUUGAGGGAGUGAAGUACCUGUGCAUUCCUGCUGCUGACUCGCCCUCGCAGAACUUGGCAAGGCAUUUCCGAGAGAGCAUCAAAUUCAUCCACGAGUGCCGGCUGGCAGGAGAAGGCUGCCUAGUUCAUUGCCUUGCAGGUGUCUCCAGGAGCGUAACGCUGGUGGUUGCCUACAUCAUGACCAUCACAGAGUUUGGUUGGGAAGAUGCGCUGUCUGUCGUCCGUGCAGCAAGAUCCUGUGCCAAUCCCAACAUGGGCUUCCAGAGGCAGCUACAAGACUUUGAAAAACAUGAUGUUGAGCAGUUCAGGCAGUGGCUGAAAGAAGAAUAUGGGGAAAACUCUUCUCAGGACCUGCAAGAAGCCAAAAGUCUUCUGAGCAAAUACAAAGAACAGGCAGAGUUGCAGCAGAGUACUGGAGGAAGACAAUGGAAUAACAACUUCUCCUCUGUGCCCUCUCUGUCAUACAGCAAUUACACAACAGAGACCUAGUUGUAGGAGGUUGAUUUGGGUUUUGUUGGUUUUUUUCUUUCUGCCUUUGAGAAACAUCUUGCCAUAAUUUCCAUCCCAUCUUUGAGACUCUUGGCAGUAAUCAUGCAAACACUUGAUUUGUAGAAAGCUUCUCGAUGCAAAUACUACAUGAUGUGUGUGAGUGAGUGAGUGUGGUUCACGCAGUUCUACAACCUGGGCAGGAGCAAGCAUUCUGUGUGCCCAGAGACAUGGUGAGCUCCUGUGGCUGAGCCCGUUCACCAGCCAGCCACAGCCAUUAGCCCCGUAUGACCACGUUGCCUAGCAUUUGCUGUGAGGUUAGCUCAGCUCCUUUUUGUUACAGGCUAGCAAAGGGCUUCCAGAGAUGAAGUCUGGUGCCUCAAACUGUGGCAGUUGGAUAUUUCUGUGGUGUUAAUGUGGCAAAGAUGUUACUGCAGCUGAAGAUGGGAACUGGGGUCUGUCUCUGCUGCUCCUAUUCACAGUCUGUUGGUAAGUAGUACCAUGGAGGUAGGCUUGGACUUGAGUGCUAGGUUGUAAACUGGAACAGGUGAGGUAUGGGCACGUAUCCCUCUCUACCAACAGUAGCAAGUGGAGAGAAGUGGGACAGACAGCUCUGAGUAAUAACACCUUCAACUGCCACAGUUUUACUUGCUUCAGUGCAUGCGAGACAGGGCUGUUGGCAGAGCUGCUGCAGACCAAGAGCACUGAGGCAGUUACCGCAGCUCAGCUGAUGUGCAGUGAUUUAAGCCUUGAUUGUGCAUCUGCUCUCCCAAAGUAAGCUUCUCUGGAGAAGACUUUACCAGGUCUCCAGUGCCCUGCUGACCUUCAUUCCUUGCAGAACACGUGCUUCUUCAACACGCCCCUGCACACACCAGAACGUGUCUCCAAAGAGUGGGCUUGGGUGUGAGUGUGAGCACCUGCUUCUGUUGCCUGUGCUGUGGUUUGCUCUUUGACUCCAGCUACCUCAGAAAUGCUGUUCUUGUCAUUGUGGUUGUCCAUGCAACCUUCAGAAUUGCCUUCUAUAAUCUUAAUCUGACACUGAGUGAAGUAAGUGCGUGGCUGAGAGUGUGUGUGUGUGUACCUCACAAGUGUCUGUACUGGAGGAGGUUAUGGGGUUGGUUUUGUUUGGAGUGGGGUUUUUUUUUGUGUGAAGAUUGCCCAUAUUUCUCACUGUUUUAAAAACUGAGAUGUUUGAAUUCAGAUUUCUGUCAUUUUAAAACCACUCCCUCUUCUGCUGUGCUCAUGUUUGUGGGAAUGCAUUUGUAAAACAUGUUUUAAACUAGGUGAAAACGCGGGGCUGUACCCAUGUGAACACGAUCGUUGCUCUUGGUGGUGUUUGUGUCUUCUGGAGUGGAGCCUGACUCAAGUGUAUCCUCAGUGUAACUUCAGAUGUCACCAGGGAUGCUGGGCAGUGUCUUGAGUUCUGAUUAAGUCAUGGGGGGUGGCAUUGAGGCCAAGACUGUGGUUUCUUGCUGUGGACUCCGAGGAUAAAAGGCUUGUUUUUCUUGAGGAUUCUGGAAAACAAAAAGCACCUCCCAAACAGCCAGGGUAGAAACCCACCCCCCUGGUUUAAAUGUGGUGUGUAGCCUGCUGAAAGCUGUGCGCUGGAGGAGGAGCAGUCAGCGCGCCAAACAGACAGCCUCUCUCAGUUUCCUUGGUGCUCUGACCUCCCAUCCCUGCAGGAUAUUCCAAUCCAUGGUAUUUUCUACUUGCUUUGGGGGGCAGUGAAUUUUUGGGAUGGGAGCAAGGCUUUUGGGGCCAAGUGAGCUGUGGCUGAUUAGUAUCUUUUACAUAUGUUCAAAAGUACAUUUUUGGCUUGUGAAAUACAGAUCUUGGGUGUCACCAAUUGCCUGAAAGGACAAAAAGGGAAUGGGGUGGAACUGGCCUGGCUGUUUCAUCUGAGUCCAAGCCUGCAUCGGGGUUCUCAUUGCACUAAGUGCUCUAAGUCUACUGAAAAUAGCAAGAGCAGGAUGAUCAUAUCUGUGUCACAUUAAGGGGUAUUGCUGAUUUGGGAAAGGUGCUGGAAUUGACUUUGGUUCCAAGCUUUUUAGCUUCUCACUAUGUAUUUGGUAUAUCCAGCAACUACUCUGCAUUUGCCUGGUAGAAUAAGUCUUUAACUCUUCUUGAGAAUGUUGCUCUGUGUAUAAUAAUGGGUGGUUUAGGAGCUCCAGGACAGCAGUGCCCACGUUGGCAGUCCCCUCAGUUCUCUGAGGGUCAUUGGGAAAUGCUUUCCUCGGUAACAGGGUCUGACAUGCACUCAGGAAGCUGGUCCUGUUGCUCAACCCUCUACUCAUUCUAGGAUACAGCCAGUUCCCAUGGGGCAGCUUUUUCAGGAGCAUCCUGCCUAUGCUUCUGUAGUAUCUAGUCCAUCCCUUCUGUUG